CUGUGUAUACAUUUGCAAUGAGUUUUGAGUGGCCCUGGCAAUAUAAUUUCCCCCCAUUUUUCACAUUGCAACCCAAUGUUGACACGAGACAGAAACAGCUCGCGGCAUGGUGUUCGCUUGUGCUGUCCUACUGCCGUCAUCGCAAGCUCUACACUUUGGACGUAAUGGAGGCACAAGAGAGCCCUGUUUUCAACAACAAGAAGAUCGCGAGAAAAUUGUCAAUGGAAGCCAUCCAAGUUGUCUUUGAGGAACUAAGGAAAAAAGGCAACCUGGAAUGGAUGGACAAAAACAAAACUCGUUGUCUUGUAAUGUGGAGACGACCUGAGGAGUGGGGAAAACUUAUAUAUCAGUGGGUAUCUAAAAAUGGCAUGGUCAAUUCAGUGUUUACACUUUAUGAAUUGUCUAACGGUGACGACACAGAAAAUGAGGAGUUCCAUGGGUUGGAAGAGUGGAUGCUGCUGCGAUCACUUCAGGCUCUACAAACCGAAGGCAAAGCAGAAAUUAUUACCAUGGACGACGGAAAGGGCGUCAAGUUCUUUUGACUUCAGAAGUGGAUUUUGGGAGAGAGGUUUUAUAAGUUGAGUCUUACAGAUCUGGGAUGGCCCUUUUCCUCAUGGGCCUCUAAAGGCUACAGUUUAUUGCCAGGCGGUACCACAACACUCCAUUGCAUACAGUAGUUUCAUUACAAGUCAUGCUCUGUGGUAGGAGUAUGUGUGUUGGUUAAAAUCCCGACAAGCAUUAAAGUGAGUCUGUAUUGAAACUACUAUAUUGAUAACACCUGCUAAACUGGAGUUGACUCCCUAGCCAAUCCAGUGAAUUUAUCAGGAAAUGAUUCCACUCAUGGAGAUCUUGUUGGUAAUGCUGAAAAAAUCAGUCCCCUACCGAUAUGUCUUGGUGUAUUUAGGUGACCACAUAUCUCCUUUGAACUUUUCCCUUUUCAUAAUUUUCUUUUUUUGUUCAUACUUUGUUUUAAUUUCUCACCUUUUAGUGCUGUAAAACUCAAUGGACUCUUGUUGUACUUGAAUUGUGCAUCUCUAUACAACCACAAAGCCCAAAGACAGCCUCAUAAUCCCAAAGGUGGUUUUUGGGAAUUUGUAAUGCUUCCUGUCAAAGACACAGAUAAGUAAGGACACUCAAUGAGUCCUUGUAUUGUCGUGUUUUUACUGAUAAUGGUGGAACUCCAGUUAACUUAAACAUCCUGGUAGCAUACAUUCACUGUCCA